AUGGAGAUCUUCUGUUCAUUGGGACAAUUCAGUGCUUUCUUGAAAGGACUUCCCCCUGAACUCAACUGCUUCACAUUGAUUCUCAAUCUGGGUUUCCUAAGAGGGAAGUUGGAGAUUCUUAGGAGGAAUGCAGCCAAACUCGUUGAUGGUAUGCGUCUACCACCUCUUUCGUUCCUGUCCCCCAAAAGGUUCGAAGUCCUUGCCUAUGACAUGGAUGAACCUCUCUCCACCAAAGUUUUCCCACGGUCUGAUGAAAUCAGCUCACUUUUUACCUACCCUGCUGAAGUUAGGCCCAUUUCCAACCAAUCCCUGAAGAUUCAAUUCAGUCUUCAUCCCAAUUCGGACUCAAAAUCCAAAAUCCUGCUCUCAGCUGAUUCCCAUGGACGUCUCCUUGUUGGAGAUCUGCAGUCCCAACUUCCAAAGUGCAUUGUUUCAUCUAUAUUCAAGCCCAGUGCUACCCUCUCCUCGAGAAGGGAAACGUGUCUCCUUGAUCUUCUCCGUCGAGGAUAUCUCCAGGAAUCUGGAAAUUGCAUCUCAGAUUCCAUGACUGCCUCCAGUCGGGCAGACGUGGUCGUGUGCUCCAUCGCUCCUCUUACGUGA